UGUCACUUUAGAAAACACUUCAACAUGAAUAAACACCCGAAUUUUAUUGAGAACGGCGAUAAAAGCGAUCUGUACAAGACGUCUUAUUUCCCGCUAAGGUCUAGGCUAAACCAUGUGGAAACUGACCAAACAACUUCAAGAUUUGUACAUAAAAGGCAGAGACCAGCGAAAGUGGGAGACCAGAAUCAGGACAUAAAAACUAUACAUAUCCCCAAGGCAAUGACUGAUGCUCCAUUUUUGCAGCAUCCAGCCUUAACACCUGGACAGAAGCGCUUUCUAUACAGUAUAGCAGAAGCUUACAGUAAAGAUCAUAUGCGGCAGUUGAUAUGGCAACAUUACAUGAAUGUAUUACACCGCUGCAUCAGAACAGACCUAAAUCCACAUGUUAAACCAAAGGUGACGACAACAUACAGAACAGAGAGUGUAACAGCACAAGCGGAACACAUCACACACUCCCAAACCACAAUGACUUUUGGGACAAAAGAACAUGGAAGGAAACGUGUGAUUGCGGAGAAGGCCAAGAAAACAACCUUGCCUAAAAUCACCAGUCAUAAAAGUGUGCUCACAUUUUCAGGAUCACAUCAAUGGGAUGUUGACCUCGAGUGGGAGACGACAGAGAUUGAUUCUUAUCUCUCUAGACGCAUGAGUGGCCUGUCUUUCAAUGAUUCUGAAGAAGAUGAGGACUUUCUGCUUGCUACUUAAAACAUACGAUUUUUAAUCAUUAAAGAGCAGUUCAUCCAAAAUUAGAAAAUGUAGUCAUCAUUUACUCAACCACAAGUUGUUCCAAAUCAGUAUGAAUUUCUUUGUUCUGAUGAACACUUAGAAAGACAUUUUGAAGACCUUUUUGGUUGCAAGCACUAUUCCAAAUAUCUUUCUCCGUGUUUAUGAGAACAAAGAAGUUGACACAGAUUUGGAGUAAAUGAUGACAAAGUAUUAUUUUUGGGCGAACUGUCUGUCCCUUAAAGUACAAUGAUGCUUUAAGUCUCAGUUAUAGUACCAUUUCCUAAAUAAUCCUAGGAAAAAAUAAA